AUGACGAACGAGGCGGCGAUCACUCUGGCGGCCGCUCUUCUCGGCUCUUCCUACUUUCUAUAUUGUAAACUUUUGAAACAGGCAAAGUUGACGCUUCCGCACGGCCAUUCCGUCGAUCGGCAAGCCGUCGAGGUCAAGGUUCGUUUCGAUGGCCGCGACCGAGGAGUUUCCUAGGCCACCGCCCCCCAAAAUGACUAUUGUAGGGUCAGCCGGGAGUGUGGAAAAGUGCCCUGAUGGAGAAUGAGCCGGAGGACGUGCUCACCCGUUUCUAUCCGGAAAUCGCCACAAUCCACGACAUUUUUGUGCAGGGCAAAAAGGUAAAAAGACGAUUCGAAUAUUGUCCAUCCACCAAAAAAUGUUGUCCCCCCCCUCCUCCCCAAUCAUAUCAUCUUUUGAAAAAGGUGGGGUGAUGUCCUUUCCUCCCCCCGUCUCGUCGCCGCCGAACUUUGUUUUCUUAUCUCAUCGACACGCGGGGGAGUAUGGCCUGAUAUGCGGGGGACGGGGAGAAAGAAGGAUGGCCUAGAAAAAGUUAGGCCACCACGUAACGAGUAUUGUAGGAGAGCAACGGAGGACCGUGCGUCGGAACGAGGGCCUCCGCCGAUGCGGACUACGCGUUCCUCACCUACAAUGAGGUGCACGAGAAGGCGCAGAAACUCUCGAUGACUCUGGUGCACGAGUUCGAGCUCACUCCAGGUAAGCACGGUGGGGGGAAAAGUUAGGCCACCCGCUGAAAAAGUUAGGCCUUGAUUCCAACUUUCAGCGAACACGACGAACGUGGGCAUCUACGCGCGCAACUCGCCGCAAUGGCUGAUCAGUGCGCUCGCGUGCAUCGAGCAGUCGAUGGUCGUCGUCCCGUUGUACGACACUCUCGGCGCAGAGGCCGCCGCGUUCAUCAUCUCGCAGGCCGACAUCUCCGUCGUUAUCGUCGACUCGUUCAAGAAGGCCGAGUGUCUCAUCAGCAAUCGGCACAAUAUUCCCACUCUGAAGCAGAUCAUCGUCAUCGAUGGACACGAAGUUGUCGGCGGGGCGGUGAGUGCUUUGGAACUUUAGCUGUAACUCGAAAACUAAGCGUUUAGACUGAAAAUAAUCAACUAUGAAGUUGAAGAUCUAAAAAUUCUCUACAUUUUCUCUGUUGACUACUUUUUGAAAUAAUCAAUCGUUUUCAAGUUACAACCUUUCAAAGUUGAACUUUUGCACUCCCAACUUUGGAGUGCUCUAUCUCUGUGAAAAAUGAUCAGAUUGACACCAAACUUGGACAAGGGGAGGGGGGGUGUACUCUCAUUUUUUUCUACAGUACUAGCAUGACACUACAGUAACCCUUCUCUCCUUCCAGCGAACCAUCGACACAAUUCGCGUGGAGACGUUCCAAAGUGCGAUCGCGCACGGCUCCAACUACGAGUUCACGAACAAUUUGCCGCAACCGGAGGACGUCUACAUCAUCUGCUACACUUCCGGGACCACGGGCCAACCGAAGGGGGUCAUGUUGACGCACGCGAAUAUUGUGGCCAACAUCAGCGGAUUUCUCAAGAUUCUCUUCACCUUCCAGCCGUCCAUGAUCGAUACCACACAGGUGCGUGCCAUUUUUGGGGCGCGUCCUUCAGCCGAUUUCUGAAUUUUCAGGUCCACAUCUCGUACCUGCCGCUUUCGCACAUGAUGGAACAGCUCACGCACUGGACGCUCAUCGGAUUCGGCUCCAAAAUCGGCUACUUCCGCGGCAGCAUUCAGGGAUUGACCGAUGAUAUCAAGUGCCUCAAACCUACCGUGUUCCCGGUCGUUCCGCGCCUCUUGAACCGAUUGUACGACGCGGUUACGGUGAGCGCUUUGCAAAUUGUGAUGUAACUCGAAAACUAAGCGUUUAGCCGGAAAAUGAUCAACUGCAAAGUUGAAGAUCUGCAAAUUCUCUACAUUUUUUCUGUUGACAACUUUUUGAAAAAAUUUAUCGUUUUCAAGUUAUAAGCCUUCAAAGUUAGCAUAAGCCCCCCCGCUUGAUUUCUCGACGGAAAAUGAUCGGAUUGACACCAAAAUUGGACAGGGGACACUUUAUACUCUCUAGUUAAUGCUAGCAAAUUUCGGACUGUUCAAAUUUUCAGAGCAAAGUGCAGCAGCAGGGACUCGUGGCGAAACUCGUCUACAACUUUGCAUUCGCCCGCAAACUGAGCCAGGUGCGCGCCGGAAAGCGCACCCGUGACACAAUCUGGGACCGUCUCGUGUUCCGCAAGAUCCAGGAGCAGAUCGGAGGGAAAGUGGACCUGAUGGUCACCGGCUCGGCGCCCAUCUCAUCCACCGUUCUGGAGACGUGUCGAGUCACUCUGGGCGCCACAAUUGUCGAGGGAUACGGUCAGACAGAGUGCACCGCGCUGGCCACUUUCACGUGGAUGGGCGAUCCGAGCACCGGUCAUUGCGGAGCCCCGGCCCCGUGUGCACUCGUCAAACUCGGAGACGUGCCCGAUUUGAACUAUUUUGCCAAGGACGGAAAGGGAGAGGUGCGCUAUCUUUUAAUGUAUUACUUACUGCACAGUUGCUUCUCGAAACCGUACAAUAUCCGUUUUCCAGAUCCGUAUCAAGGGACCGUGCGUCUCGAAGGGAUAUUAUAAAGAUCCGGAGCGGACGGCCGAGCUGUUCGACGAGGAGGGCUUCCUGCAGACGGGCGACAUCGGAGAAAUGCUUCCGAACGGCACCAUCCGCAUUAUCGAUCGAAAGAAGCACAUUUUCAAGUUGGCGCAGGGCGAAUACGUGGCGCCCGAGAAAAUCGAAAACGUGUACAUCCGAACGCCGGUCGUGCAGCAGGUUUACGUCGACGGAGACAGUUUGCAGAGGUGGCUGAUCGGUGUGAUCGUGCCGGAACCGCAAGUUUUGAUCGAAUGGAACGAGAAGCACGGCGGACUGGGCGCCGCCAGAAGUUUGGAGCAGAUUUGUGAGGACGAGAAGGCGAAGGAAUUCGUGCUCGCCGAGCUGCACGCCAUCGGAAAAGCCAACAAGUUGAACUCGAUCGAGCAGGUUAGUACGCGUGGUCUGGCUUUUUUUUAGGCAAAAAUACGUUUUUUUCUGGAAAAUAUGGGAGAAAUUUCAAUUUUUUGAGUGUGGCCUAGAUUUCCGCGAUUGGGUUUCUAGGCCAUGGUUGUAGGCCAGUUUUUUCCUCAAAUUCUCGCCAAAAAACACGAAGUCCACCCGUUUUCAGGUCAAAAAAGUUAUCCUUUCGGCGGAGCCGUUCACCGUUGAAAACGGACUUCUGACGCCGACGCUGAAGGCGAAAAGACCGCAACUUCGGCUGAAAUACAAGGACGGAAUGGCGGAGGUGUAUGCGAAAUUCCCCAAUUUGUAG